AUGGCUCAGUGUUUGACUUGUCAACAAGUAAAGGUGGAGCAUCAGAGACCUAUAAGACUUCUCCAACCUCUUCCUAUUCCGGAGUGGAAAUGGGAGAACAUAGCGAUGGAUUUUGUGUCCGGCUUUCCUAAAACCAAUAAAGGUUUUGAUAGUGUGUGGAUAGUGGUUGAUAGAUUAACUAAAUCUGCUCACUUUUUAGCUAUCAAGACCAGUUUGUCUUUGGAACAACUUGUUGAGCUGUAUAAUCUGAAGCUUCAAGGUGUUCUAGUUGCCAUCGUCUCUGAUCGAGACACUCGUUACCAGGCAAGCAUCCAGAUGGUUCCCUACGAGGCUUUGUACGGAAGGCGGUGCAGGUCACCUAUCUGUUGGGAUGACGUGGGAAAAAGGAAACUUUUGGGGCCAAAGAUUGUGCAAAUAACAGUUGAGAAGGUUCACCAAAUUAGAGACCGAUUACAAGCAGCUCAGAGCCAACAGAAGAGUUAUGCAGACAAUAGAAGGAGGAACUUGGAAUUCCAAGUGGGAGAACACGUUUUCUUGAAAGUUGCUCCUACUAAAGGAAUUGUCCGCUUUGGUGUUAAAAGUAAACUUAGUCCUCGUUUCAUUGGCCUUUUCAAAAUCUUGGAGCGUAUUGGUGAGAUGGCUUAUCGGCUUGCCCUUCCACCUACUCUCUCUCAAGUGCACAAUGUGUUCCAUGUCUCCAUGCGGAGGAAAUAUGUUUCCAAUCCUGAUCACGUGAUCCAGUUCUCAGGAUUUGAGCUAAAUAGUGAUUUGUUUUACGAAGAGUAA